UGUCAAAACAACUCGCGGCCAUGGCGCAGGCGCUCACGGCGCGGCAGGAAGAUGCGUCCAUGGGGGUUUUAUCGCCUCUGCUGAGCGCCGCUGCCCGCCCGGAGGCGUCGUGCCUUCUCUGAGGGUUUUACGUCUAUUAACUAAAUAAAGUGGGUUGUUAGUAAGCGGAGUUUUCCUGUUUACAGUCAUACUCCUGCUGUAACAGCGGCUACGGAAACCCUGUAGGCCCACGCGUUGAGGCUACUGCACGUUCCCAGACACGAUGAUCUACAUCAUAAUGGGAGUCUCGGGCUGUGGAAAAAGCAGUUUCGGGACGUUCCUUUCUGGAAAGCUUGGCUGGCCCUUCUACGAAGGAGAUGACUUCCACCCACAGGAAAACAUUGAGAAGAUGGCUCGUGGAGAGCCACUCACAGACCAGGACAGAUUACCUUGGCUUCUCAGACUACAUGAAGUCAUUGAGCGAGAAAGGCGCUCAGGCUCAGACGCCCUUGUGGCUUGUUCCGCUCUCAAGCGCCUCUACAGGCAGAUCCUCCUCCAUGGCUCCACGGCGGCGGCGGCGUCUCCGACCGUCUGCUCGCACCACCACGCCUCCCCGGAGGUCUUCUUCCUCUACCUGCAUGGCGACUACGACCUCAUUCACCAGAGGAUGGUGGCCCGGCAGGGACAUUACAUGAAAGCGGAUCUGCUGCGCUCCCAGUUUGAAAUCUUGGAGCCGCCGUCGGACGACGAGAACGCGCUCACCCUGGACAUCAGGAAGAGCCCGUUGGAGAUGAUGCUGGAGGUGGAGAAGCACAUCGACAGCCUGAAGCCGUGAAGCUGGACUCACCGCAGCGGACUGACAACACAGAAUGGUUUACAGUUUGGUUUGGGACCAUUUAUCCAUGAAUAAAGUAACUUGACUUUU